AAUAUAGCAGAGGCAGAAAUGUUGGCACCGUAUUGAGGGGAAGAGCAACAUGUUGCGCACUUCUGAAAACUCAGAACUCCGUAUCUGUUCAUGCAUUUUCACAGAGGAUUUAAAAUAUAUAUUUUCUUGGAAUCUGAACUCACUGAAUCUUGACUACACUAAAACACUAACUCUCCAGGAGGACAGGGAGAUCUGGGCUGAUACUUGAACAUUGCCAGCAGUUUGAAUUUAUUCAGAAUCUUGACAAAAUGUCAACUGCGUGGCUGUCCUUGAUCAUACUGUUACCCCAUCUGAUGGGUGCAGGUGCAAUUGUGUGUUCAGAGAAGGAAACUUUGCUGAAUCCGAUCCCCAGGACUGUGACACAGCUAACGGACUGUUUGAUGGAGUGCACUCAGAUGACGUAUAUCAAAAAACUGCAGCUACAGGACAACCAUAAUAUAAGGCUCACAGAUUCUAGAGAAGGGGAUCUUGGGGAGUUCUGUUGGUCCACAGAGCUGAAAUGCACAGUUGGAGAGAGCUUCCAGCAGGCCUAUGUGGUGCUUCCUGUGGAUACAUCUACAGUCACACAUGAAAUGCUGGAAGUCAAAGCCACUGGCCCCACAGCUGAAGCACUAAACGCACACAACAGCCCCACCACAGUAGCAGACGACUGCGGCCUCCGCUACGAUGUCACACAGCGCUUCAGGAGUGAAACAGCGGGGACUUCAUUCUGCAUACAAGUAGGCACCCUGAAGGACAUCCUGGAGGACAAUGUCCUGAAAUGCCCUCCCUUUUUGGUCACCUUCUGGCAGAGAAAUACAAAUCAGUCCAACCAAGGAGGUGUCAGAUAAAGUCACAGUCACUGAUGUUGCUCUCAAAUGUUUUACUUAUGUAGAAGUACCAUUUCCACACUGUAAAAAUGCUCCAGUAAAAGUGGCUAUCAUGCAUUUCAAACGAUUACAAGAAUGUCACUAAAAUCUGGACAAAUGUACUUAAAGCUCUGGUGUGAAACUUUGGUUUAAUGUUGACUUUGCUGCCCCCUGUGGACAAAGCAGUACCUGUUAUUGCUUAUCUGAUUUAGUCUGAAGUGUUUGUUUUUUUCUUUGUCCAUUCAUAGCUCAUAAAGAGGCAUCACUGUAAUAUCUUUUUAUAAAUGACUAAAACUUCUCACAUGAGCUUUAAUGGUAUAAUAUGCAACUUCCAGUCUAGUACAUCUUGCACUUUAAAAACCAGUAUGUCCGACUACAAACUCCCUCAGCACCCCUCCUUCCCACUACAAUGAGUGUCUCAUUGUGGGCGGGGCUGUCUCUUCCCACCUGUGCUAACAAAGCCAAUAGAGUGCUGCAGGGAUGACUUAUUUUUGUAGGCCAACCCAGAAGGAAGCAUUACUCAGGUUCCAUCGACAAAACAAAUAAAAAUCUCUUAAGCUUGUGUUUAGCACAGACCUUAUCUCAAGCAUCUAACAAAAAACUGAUUCAUAAAUCCCACAGACUUAAGUAUGAUGGAAUCAAAUGUACUAAAAUUCAUGACCUUAAAGACUUAAUACUGCAGCACUCUAUGGUUGGGGGGUGAUGGGAUCAUAGCCUUCAUACUUAUCUAUCAUAUAAUAUCAUAAGUUCUCAUAUAAAUAUAUAUAUAUAUAUAGUAGGCACAUAUUCCUAAUUUGAGAAAUUAGGUUGUCAGGUAAUUUUUACAUAAGCUAAGAGUGCAUUUUUCCUCUGAAGUUUUGUAGAGUAAAAAUAUCAUAAAGAGAACUACUCAGCUACAUAAUAUUCACCUUAUACUUUUGCAAAUGCACUUGUGUAAAAGUAACAUUCCACAGCUGUAAUAUCUUUGACAACAAAGUAGCAGAGCAUUGAGGUUUUUUUUAUUUACCUCAAUGCUCAACCAGGGUAAAUCUUGUGUUUGUCAUAAUUAUAUCCAAGUUACAUGUACAUGUUAUCUUUGUUUAUUCUGCUUAACUAUUUAGAAAACGAUUGAUUUAGUUUGAUAUAUAUAAUUGAACUUGUAUUUAGCACCUUCAAACUAUUGCAAAGUGUUGCAAUACAUCAUUUGUGCACAACAGAUUUGUUUGGAUUUGCCAUGCAGUCUCUAGAGACAUAAUGCUGUGUUUGGAACACUAACAUAAUAUACAGUAGCAUGUCUUGUGUGUUUGUCUUGUUAUGGUAAACAUAUGUUGCAUGUCAUUGUGUUCUGCUUCAGCUUGGAGCUUCAAUCCUUCACAUGUACACAAAAAACACCUGUCUAUUACUUCUUCUGCUCUAUCAUAGAAAGAAACAGUGCCGCCUACUGGUUAUUGUGGGAACUUAAAAUUUCCAGGACCGUAGUCCUUCCCCUCCUGCAGCCUCUGGAUGGCAUGCUUGUUGCAGCAUUGUGUUUCUGUUCUCUGGAAUUCCUCACUGUGGUGUGCUAUGUAAAAUGUGAAUACAGCUGAAACGUUACCAGAAAUAUUUGUAUUUUUCAUCACCUGAGACAGUUCACACAACAAAACUUCUAUGUUGCAUUGCAAUUUGGCCUGGAAAUCUUUUUUUUUUUUUUUUCCAAUAUAGCAGAUUUAAACCCCAUUUUCAGCCCAUUAAUGAUAUUGAUGAAUGAAUAAAUCACAGCUAAUGCACACUAAAUCACCUCUUUAAAACUUGAUUUUCUACUUUUUAAAGUAAACAGGCUUCCUCUUAUAUAGCACUUUUUACAACACAGGUCACCCAUUCACACCAAUUCACACACUGAUGGUGGAGGCUGCAAUUUAAUCUGUCUAUCAAUAUUAACAAAUCCCAUCCAUAGACAUUUACGCACCACUGACAUAGCAGUAGCAAGGACUUAGGGUAAAAUGUCUUGCCCAAGGAAGUGUCAACAUGUGGCUGCAGGAGCUGGGGAUCGAAGCCGUGACUUCUCUCUUGACAAACAACACAUUUUAACACUGCACCACAGCCACCCCAACACAAAUUAGAAAAUAAUUUAACAACAUCCCAUAUUUCUGUCUAUGCAGACCCUCUGUGUCAUUUGAAUCUCAUGAAAAUUUUGAAUAUUUUGUAUUAUAUUGUUAAAUUUUGUAUGGCAUCAGUGUCCGGCUUUGUUGCCAACAGUUUACACUUACAUUAAUUUAUCUUGGUGUUUUGUUGCAAAAACAAUUAACAUAAAAUUAAAGAACACUCCUUACCAAAGAAUGGUAACCUGUAUAUAAAAAAAUAUAUAAAAAGCAAUAUUAAACGAUAAGGUAGAAAAUCAUAAAAAUUACAAAAAAUACAAUAGAGAAGGUGUAUAUUUUUCAAACGUGCAAAUAUCUUAAACAUAUUAUUAUAAGGCUAAAACAUCUCUGAAUUGUCUUCAUCUUAAUCCUUUGACUGUCCUGAGUCUCCAGGUCUAAAUGUAAGUGAACAGCUGGUGGCAGCAUUAAAUAACCAUCCAAAGUAAGUGUCCAAUAACAUGGCUGCAUUAAAUCAUACACAUUCCUUUAUCCAUACUCUUAAAACAGCAACCCAACCAGCUUGAUUUAAUUCACCACAUGACAGAACCGUUUUAUGAUGCACUUAGCAUGGUCGUCCUACAUGUCUUGUUGAAAUGUGUUCAGUGAUUCAUCUGUUUUCUGUUAUUGGCUGUUAAAGCUGCAGGCUUUUCUGGCUGAGUGUCAUCAAAUCCAAACUCACUCACCAAAACUGUCACAGAGGUGGCAAAGUGAGUCAGAGGAUCUACUUCAGUAUUUCUUGGCAGGACAAUGAAUGCCUGACAGGUCUAGAAGCUCUAAAUUUGUAGAUGUAAACAGGUAAGCUUAUCUAUCAACAACAUAGAUUCUUAAAAGGGUGUAGCAGAUGUUUCUUUUGGUGUAUCAUGUUUGGUUUGUUCAUUGCUGCUUAGUUUAUAGGAGUUGGCCAUUGUUUGUUUUUUUUCCAACAAGGACAUUUGGGCCUGUUUUUAUUUCAACUGUAUAUCAUUUCUGUAUUCAGUGAACAUCCUUUUGAUAAAUAUCCCUUUAAGGAGUUUCUCCACUUUUACUUAAGCUGCUGUGAGGAACUCAUGGUUUGUGCCACUUCUGGAGUACUCUGUGAUUUUAUAUUUGAUCCUGCACAUCUAAAGUAGUAUAUCUAAUUUUUUAGGUUAUUUUUUGAGUGGUGGGGGUUGCCUUUUCUAGAUGAGACAGCUGAAGAGACACAGGAAAUAUGCAGAGAAAGAAUAGAGCAAGCCAUGCACCAGACAAAGGCCAGGGACCGGAUUCAAAGCGGCAACCAGUGCGUUAAGGACUGCCUCUGAGUACGGCCACCUGCUCUACUAGCUGAGUUAAACUGGCACCUAUGAUAUUCAAAUUCUGAGUCAAAGCCAGGUGCAGAGACUGCUUAACAUGCACACAAUGCCUAUGCAAGUCUGGUGCGACUACUAUCAAACUGCAUUGGAGGUACUGUUAGCUUAGUAUUGAACUAAGACUAAAGAAACAUUUCUUAACCUGGCAAAUAAAUAAACCUGCACAUAGGUCCAAAUCCUAGGUUUAAAAAUGUCAUUUUGUAAUAACUGAAAGCACCUGUGACAGCUUGUGUUUAUUUUGGUGACCCCUGUGGACAAAUAUAGCCUAUAUCUCUUUUCUGAAGUUGUUCUUUAAAUACUUAGUAGUAAUCAGGGCCAGUUUACCCUUCUAAAAAAGUAAGGAAUUUAAACAUUGUAUUUUUGCUGUGCUUACAAUUAAAGCUCCUGUGAGGAACUUUUAGUUUGUGUUGUUUAUGUGUAAUUAAAAUACAAAAGUAGUCAGACUUGUCGCUGAUCUUGUUUGUUUUUGUUGGCUUUUAAAAGACAUUAUAUUCAAUAAAUUUUAAACCCAUUUUAGGAGCUUAAAUCCAGUUAAUAUGCAAGUAAAGGAUUUAUUUUUGGAGAGUACCAGUAAUUACAUUUUCUGUUGGCCUUUAUUAGCCUAUGUUGCAUCUGAAAGAUAAAUAUAAAGAUAAUACAUACAAUUCAUUUAAAGCAAAAUAAUUUGACUGUGUAUAGAGUUAUAUUACUAUACACAAAGUAGGUGUUUAUGUGUAGUAUGCAGUUGUAUAAAUACGCAGCCAAAAGUUUAAUCUGGACUCAUAGCACCACUCUGCUGUAAAAACAUAAACACAGGUGACUGUACCAUGUCAAACACGCAGGGGUAUUUGUGUAAAGUUUGGUCAAACAGUGCCUAGGAAGAAAACGAGUUGAUAAUGUAGCUCAAAAUGAAUGUAUUUGUCAUAUUUAUCCCCACACCACGCUUGUAAUUGUACAGCUGUCACGUUGGAGGUAUUUCAUCGAAAGUAUUUUCUGCUUUGAGUGUAUAAAACCAAGCUAGGUCCCCGGGUGGCUGAACAGAGUAGAACAAUCCAGCAGGCUGGGAGAGAGAGUGGACAGCCCAAAGACGCUCGGUUAGCAGACAAGUACCAAACAACGGCGGCCUGACAAGUCAUUUAAAUGACUUAAAUUAUCUCCACCGGUAAACAAUGUGACAAAGUGAGGAGGACGCCGUGGGGAGGACUGUCAGAAACACAUGACAACCAAGUUUGGUUGUUGUGAGAGGCGCACUAUGGAGUCUCAGCAGCCGAGUGUGUACAAUGAAGAAAGAAACAUUCUCCGACUCCGAGCAUGGGAACAGAGGAUCCAAGAGACAGGCCAGGUCAAAGAAAUGAACAGAGAGAGCGUGCCACUCUUUGGGCAACCAUACAAGACAAACAAAGGGGAUGAACUUUCCACUCGAAUCCAGAGGAUGCUGGGAAGUUAUGAAGAUGUGAAUAAUCCCCAUCCAAUUCCUGCAGAGCCUUUAUCCAUUCCUUCUUAUGUAACCUUCCCUCAGUCUGAUCAAAGUCUGACAAACACAGACAAACAAACACAACCUCCAUUCCACAGCCAGGUCUAUUACACGUCCAGCCAAAGUCAAAAAGCUCCACCUAGUAGCACUUGCUCCUCUCAGCCAGUGACAACAUCCUCUGCUUCUUCCUCCUCUAACCACUGUGGACAUUUAUCAGCUUUUUCAGCACAUCAGUUAAAGAAAAGCGAUGCCUAUUCAGGUCACAGGGAGCAGGAAACACCCUCUCAGUCUCCUGAUGUCAAACCACCACCACCACCAUUCUUCCAUUCCAGUGACCAUGAAAACACUGAGAUGGACACUAAGGAUACUUUUGAUCAGCAUCAGCUACAGGGGUCUACAAAUGACCCCUCCGAGUCUGCAUGCAUGGUGGAUGUUUCCACAUUUCCCCACAAACAGUCCCCCAAAGAUGCACCCCAGCCUCAGGGCAACAAGGGUAGUGCACUACCCUCCCAGACGUUCCCCUCACUCCUGUCAUCCAAGCAGACCAGUGUAGUCAUGACCCAGAAGCCAACAGCGUAUGUGAGGCCCAUGGACGGUCAGGACCAAGUUGUCAGUGAGUCGCCUGAGCUUAAACCAUCACCAGAGCCAUAUGCACCUUUACCAGAGUUGAUCAGCAAAUCUGACCAGGGCAAAAGGAAGAUACUGCCACAGUUUCUGGAGACAAGGAUAAAUGAAGCUCAGUGUGUGGAGGACAUCUUAAAGGAAAUGACCCACUCAUGGCCUCCUCUUCUGACAUUAAUAGAUGCACCUGACACAGCUGAGCCCUUCAAGUCCCCUUUUCAAACCAAGGAAGCAGAGCGUGUUUCUUCAUGUCCAAGUCAAAACCCAGCCCAGCACAUCCAGCAGAGUUCUUCAUCUUCCUUGCAAGCAGUACAUUCCAGAGGGGUAGAGUCCGCCAGCUCCAGCGACUCAGAGAGCAGUUCCAGAUCAGAGUCAGACAGUGAAAGCACCACAGAGGAGCCGCCCCAACCCUCAGCGAGCAACUCGGUCAAACCAAAGCCUGAUGCUCCAGCAGUGACCCAUGGAGACUGGCAGUUAGGGAACUGGAUCAGGUCCAGCCAGAGUUCAAAAACUGAGAGUCAGUGUGGAGCACAGGCUUCUGAGAGCCCAGCUCACAAACAGCCUCACCCAACACAGAGCACCAAGCAUUCCGCUGUGAAGGAGGUUGACCCCACCAAAGAGCUUAAACCUCAGGUGUCUUCUCACCAGAAGGAGUCUACCGAUGGCCUUGGAAAACCCCAGGUGUGCAGGGAAAGCCUUCAGGACAACUACAACCAGCAAAUUAGCCAAAAAUCUCCCUCUGUUGAUCGGAAGAGCUUCAGCAGUUUGAGAAAACUUUCAUGCAACACCAACUCCUCAAAAUCAGCAAAGACAGGCAGCUCAGAAGCUGCUCUUGAUGUGAAGUGUGAGGAUGUUGUUGUUACGAGAGACAAAGACUCGUGUUUCACAGACAGACCAAAAGUAAAGACGAAAACAGGAAACAGUAGGAAAAGAAAGGACAGUGGUGACGCUAAAAGAGACAGUAAAAGGACUUCUAAACACACGUCACUCGACAAGCGAAAGGCUGAAUCAGAGCCGAAUGUCAUGCUUAACCUGCACGGUCAUUGUCCAUCAUGCAGGGUUCAAUAUCCUACUCCCUGUUCAUGUCCCACCCAAAGUCCUGCUCAGCCGGACCAUUUGUCUGCUGCCCCAUCUGUCAGAAUCAAAGCAAACUUGGAAACUAUCUGCCAGAAGGGCACCAAAACUCCCCACAAAACAACCCAGAAACACUCAGGCCAGAAUGAGGCUGAAAGCAAAAAUACUCCCAAGCCUCCUAGAUCCCUGCUAGUGAGAAUUGAUCUCAGUUUGCUCUCAAGAGUUCCACAGAUGUCCGGCAACCACCAGGAAAUGCCCAGCAAGUCCAAGAGAUCCGUCAUGGUCAUAAAGCAGGAUGGACGCUGCAGUGAUGUAAACACAUCACUCAGACUGAGCAAAACCAGCAAAAAGAGUAUACCCCAAAAUGUUGAGGUAGAAAAUAAAAAUGUUCCCAGGAAGAAACAAAGAUUGGAAAACAAGAAUACCUUAUCAAGUCAUCCAUCUGCCAAACUGGAAAGUUCCAGCAAUUCAACAGAAAAUUCAGAGGGAAAGAAGACAAAGAAAAAUCCUUUGCAGCGUCCUAUAAAACCAAAAGACUCUGAAAAGAAGUCAAAAUUACAGGAAGCCACGUCAGGAGAGACUCAGGGCAGCAGUAAGAAGGCCGUAAAUGCUGAUUCCCGGAAAAAGAAAAGGGGCAGUCGGAAGCACACAGAGCACUCACACUCUGAGAAGAAGCUCCCAAAGAGCAGCGUUGCAGCCCCCUUACAGUCUACCAGGGAAACUUUGACCAAAAGGCCCUUGCUCCAGUUACAAGACAGGCAGUAUCCUGUGAAGCAUUAUAUUAAGGAGGCCAAAAAACUGAAGCAUAAAGCAGACGCAGAGUCUGAUAAGCUCACCAAAGCUUUCAACUACCUGGACGCAGCCAUGUUCUUUGUUGAGAGUGGGAUUGCCAUGGAAAAAGAUCCUCAGAUUUCAAUGUCUUCCUAUACAAUGUUUGCAGAGACGGUGGAACUGCUGAAGUUUGUACUGAAGCUUAAAAACUCAUUGGACUCCUCAACUCCGCCAUCAGAAAAGGACUUUUUAGCGCUAUGUCUGAAGUGCCAGUCUCUCCUGCAGAUGGCCAUGUUUCGCCACAAACAAAAAACUGCACUGAAGUACUCGAAGACUCUCACUGAUCACUUCAGUAUCUCUGCUCAGAAAACACCUGACCCUCAAACAUCAAAAUCCUCGGAUACACCGUCCCCUGUAUCCAGUCUGCCGUCUCCAGCCAACACAUUCACCAGCUCAGGUCCUGCCUCCAACCACAGUGGUAGCGGACUGGUUGUAGACCCCAUCAGCAGCACAGUGGUGGUUCCUCAGGCCAUCGAACAAGUGGCUUUCACCUAUGUCAACAUCACCACUUUAUUCCUCAGCGCUCAUGACAUCUGGGAGCAGGCGGAGGAGCUGGCACACAAAGGCAGUGGUUUACUGAUGGAGCUGGACACGGUCAUGGGUCCACUGCGUCUGACAUCCAGCAUGAGCUCUAUGGUGCGGUACACCAGACAGGGGGUUCACUGGCUGCGUCUAGACAGCCUGAAGGUAAAGUGACCAACAAACUGCUGCAGAACACGUGUUGACUCUUCACUCUCUCUCUCUCUACACGUCCACUUCACUUCGGUGAGUCAAACACUGAGCUGGACUCUCCCUCAGAGCGUGUUCUGGCUGUGUCUGUCUAUGGAUAUGAACUCAUCUCAUCCAUAAAAAGGUGAAAACAGAUGUCAUCUCUCGUGUGUCCUUACAGCUGAUCGUUGCACUUGUUUUUCAUUACCAUGGCCACUUUAUUGUUUCUCUCUUUCUCUCUGGCACUUUUAUAAACGCGGAUUAUGUCUGCUGUAAUCCAGACAUGUCAUGUCUUGCACAUUAUGUUCCCUAUAUUGGCUUUUACAAGUUGAUCCUUUAUUAUUUAAAUGUAUUUGAAACUACAUCAAGCUUAUCACUUUGUUGCUCUAUGAUUUGGCCUUAUCCUGAUUUUGGGUUCAUGUACUGACACAUUUCUUGACUAUCAGCAUAGCUUUUGUUGUUAAUCCUGCUGUCAUAACAAGUUUAGAAAGGCUUUUGAGUAGGCAGAAGGCAGGAGAGCUAUACAUGUAAAACUUAACUCCCUGUUAGACCAUUAAUUCUAAUUUAUUUCAGUUCAUCUCUCCAUAAAACAAGAUCUAGUUCUGUUGUUUAAUUAAAAAAAAUUGGAUUCAGGGAUUAUGUUUUUUUUUCUGAUAUUCUGUUUGUUCAACACAAAUCGGCUACAAUCCCGAUGAGAAUUCAGGUGUUUUUGUAGAGCAGAAUUUGCACCAUCUAAUGUGUCCUUAAAUUUUUGCCUGUAGCUCAAUCUAAGGCCGUGUUCUUACUGAAAGUGAAAUCAUCUGUUGUAAUCCAUUUCGAUUAGAUUCUGCAUUCAUGUUUUGAUAACACCUGUCUGCACAGAUCAGAAAAAAACGACAAAAAACACCGCUUAAACUCCAAGUGACCCUAAAUCUCAGAGCAAGAAAUUUAAGACAAAAUGUUGAGCUGCACGGCAGAAGUCUGUGUCUGCCACUGAUGUUGUAGUCCACCUACUCACACUUGGCAGUUUACAGGACAAUGAAAAUGGUGGCGCUUUCAAGAGUGUGUACUCUGAAACCUGUUGUCAGACAUACUAAAGGCAGUUAUGUUAAUUAACAGCCAAAAUGCAACCAAAGAUUGACGGUUUUCCUAUGACAUUGUUGUUGUCUGUGUAGGAAUUAGCAGCAAACUGAAAGAGCGUGCAAAGUGCCAGCUAUUUAUAAAACCAGGAUUCACUUAUAUUCAUGCAUUUGACCAGAAUGCUGCAUAUGCUUUUCUUUAUCAUGUUGUAAUUUCUGUAUAACUUCUGUAACACUGAACAAAAAUAAGCCAGGUACCGGGAAAAAUUCCAAAUAUGCCCCUCUGUUUGCUCCCUCAGGAUGAAACACACAUUGAAUAUUGAGUAAUGAUUGUGAAUGUAGUGUCUAACAAACAAAGCUGGACACAUUUAGAUAAAAAUUAGUACAUGAAUCAUGAGAUAAGAAGACAAAGCAGGCAAGAUGUUGGACACUUUUACCUUAAAUGGAAGCUGAACAGUUUGCUUUUUAUCAAUCAGUUAAGAAGUGUGCAUGUGUCAGGUGUUGGAGCAGCAAAGGUGUAAAUUUAUCAUUUAAGCCUAAACUGUUCAUACCAAUGCAGAGAGCUUCUCGGUCUUCUUCCACUGAAUGGAACUGAAGCCAGAAUAAUCCUGCAUUAAUAUAUUUCGCUGGUGCCAUUGGAGUUGGGACAGGCUCAGAAGGGGAGAUGACUGUUUGAACCGUACACCUCCUUUACUAACGGCAUUGAACUUGUCAGUAAAACAUGGAAGAAAUAUCUCUUAUGCUGGUACAGUCCACAACAGAAAGUACUCUUCAGUUGUUCUAAAGCAGACGUGUUUAUUGAAAGUUCAGUGACUGUAUUGAGUUGUUAUUGCGUCUUCUCUUCCCUUUCCUCCUCUACUGUGCAAAUUAGGUUGGCAACACUGCAUCUGCCAACAGUUGUAAAACUAAACUACUCAUAAAGAUGAAAUCUGGAUGAAAAUUUGCAUGAUGACAAUUCACUAUCAUAGUGGACUCAAAGUUUUAGAAAGAAAUUACUGGACAUGUAUCUUAACUUUUAUAUUUUGGCUCAUUUGUUAUCAUUGAGGAGGCAGGGGGAAAUCCAAAUAUCCUGUAUUUACUCCCAGGAGGGAGUUUCUAUGCCUAUCAAUCUAUGAUCCGUUGUCUUUCUAUAGCUUGCCUGUCGCCACACGCUCCUGUGACAUUUUGCCCCACAUCUUGUGUACGAGUGUCUGUUGAUCAUGAAUUUCUGACAUCUGAUGGACUGCUGACUCAUGUUUUGGCUCAGGGAUGUGGCAGAGGUAACUUGGCUGACAAGUAGCGACUAGAGAGGUUUUAUCACUAUCAUCCUGUUCAAAAAGAGAUGUUUGCACUUGUGUUCUCUUGGCAAGACCAAGAAAAGGAGGGAUGAAUUAGCAUUCCUGGCUUUCUUUGGUUUAAGUUGUGGAUGUAGUGGUUCACUUUGGCCAUUUUUGAGUUACCUUUCAAGUGAAGUGGAGCUUCCACAGUCUUUAAACAAAUCUGAAACUACAGUCGUGUUUUCUUUAUUUGUUUUUGCUCCAGUAAGCUGCUCUCCUCGGUUACAGACACUUUAGUUGAGCAGCAAAAAUGUUCAAUAGCAAAACGUUGACUUAAUCUGUAAAUGGCCAAAAGUAUAGCUGACUGAAGUAUGCACUUUGUUUUAGUAUUAGUAGUAAAUUUCAGCGUGUUAAUGAACACAAGACAACAAAGUUCCCUUGUGUUUACUCUUUGUUUGCUGUAACUUUGACUCUAAGCAAUAAAGCAGUUUUGUUGGCUCACGUUUUUUACUAAGGGUGAAUUAUUCAUACACUGGGGGACACAAAUAAUAAUCAGUAUGAUGUGGAGUUUAGAUUAGCUUUUGGCAUGUUCACCUGUAUACUGAGUUGCUGUGUCUGUAAUAAAAACCAUCAAAGGGCUAAAUGAGGAUCAUUAAAUGGUCCUAACUUUAUUUUCUGACAUAAAUAACAAAGUGGUACUUUUUAAUUAAGUAACAAGUUCACCAGUGCUGUGGCGUCUGAGAUUCUUUUUUUUUUCUGCCACAGAUGUCUUCACUACACAUGAGCUAAAUAUGGCUUCCAACAUUCAUGAACAGUGCAUUGCCUUCUUUUUUUGUCUUUUCCAACCUGUGGCUUUAUUUUCAUCAUUUUUAACUGUUGGUGCUUAAUUUAUGAGUUAAUCUGCAACAAGUUUACACUUCUUGUCCAAAUAAUUAUUUACUGGAAAAAUGUUCAGAAAGAUUUUUGAAGGAUGCUUUCUUUCUUUUGUGAAAAAUGUAAAUAAUUUGUGUUGCAGUGUACAGAGAUGAAUAAACACUGGAAAAUAAUGUCUUGUUGUGUACUGUUUUUGAAUUUUUCUAAAACAAACUUAACAGUAAAUCACAGUCAGCUUUUAUAAACAGAAAUGUUUCAAGUUUCUGUAAACAUUAUAAAACCACGGCCAUGUUUACAUGGAAACAUGCCACUCAAAAUGAAUUCAAUUUUUUUGUUUUUUAGUCUCAAAAAAAUUUUGCGGUCAGACGGUAAUGUUUUGAUGACAGAUGCUCAUAAAUGGCAAAAAUGCUCUAGCACUAAGGCAAGGCCAGUAGAUGGCAGAAUGACUUUGCAAUGAAACAAUACGCAUAUCUGCGUCCUUCCAAUAGUUCCUAUCUGCAGACACAGGCAGCAGCUCCAGGACCAAAGUUUCAGGACUGCAGGACUAGGACCCCCUUUUUUCGUGACUGCGCCACCCAGCAAAGUCAAUGAGCAUUGCAGUUAAACAAGUUGCCAAGGGUUGCAUGCUGGGCAAUCUGUAAUCACCAUAUUUAGUUCAUAAUCAGGUAAAACAAAAAUAUUAGAUUAAGGCAGAUAUUUAAAAAGGUUCAGGAGGCAGGACAUACUCAAGAUUAUAUGAAUCUGAAAGCCCUAUAGCUUGGGAUCUAUGCAAACUACUUCAUGAAUGACCUCUUGUAAUGACCCCCUUUUAAUAUCUAUUUUGUUUUUUAUUUUAUCUUUACUUUAUUAAUAUUGAUGUUUACCUGUUCAGUCCGACAGCCAAUAGGAACUGAGUUCUUAAAUGUAAACUGUGCCUUGUUUGA